UCCCCAGUGAGAACUAGAACACCUACAUACUAUCUUGAUUUCAAAGUAAACAAAGGCUCCAAGAUGACACAGGCACUCCCUGUAGGCUGGAAUGCUUUUGUUUAUGUAUUGGCAGGAAGAGGGUUAUUUGGCCCACAUGAUGAUGGGAGAGAGAGUGAAGCCCAUUACACAUUGGUACUCAGUGAUGGUGAUAAACUAGAAGUAGAGAAUAAGGGUAGUGAAACACUGCAUUUUGUACUCUUAGCUGGUGAGCCUGUGGGAGAACCUGUUGUACAAUAUGGACCAUUUGUGAUGACCACUAGAGGUGAGAUUGAAGAAGCAAUAGAUGAUUUCCGAAGUGGUAAAAAUGGCUUUGAGAAUGCUUUAAAUUGGAAAUCAAAAACAGGAAAUAAUGUCUGA